AUGCCUGCCGAGGAAUCCAAACCGGUCGACCAGGCCGUCAACGAGGUCGACGCCGAAAUCAAGGCUAAGCAGGCCGCGGCCGAAUCCGAGGGCGAGGAGGACGAUGAAGAAGUAGCUGGUGACGCUUCUGCCGCCGGCGGGGCUUCAGCCUCGGCCAGCAAGAAGAAGAAGAAGUCCAAGAAGAAGAAGCUCAAGGAGGCGCUGACAGGCAAGCCUGACGACGCAGAGGCCGAUCUGAAGAAGGCCAUCGGUGGCCUCACGCCGCAGCAGCUGCAGGAGCUGUUGGCGCUCAACCCUGCGCUCGCGGGGGAGCUGGCUCAAGCUUCCGGCAGCGCAAACCCUUCGCCCGACCAGAUCUCGGACCUGCUCAAGAAGAUGAACCUGCAGGACAUCAUGACGGGCCUUGCGGCGGCCGGCAAGAACGUCAAGGACAUGGCCUCGUACAAGUUCUGGCAGACGCAGCCGGUGCCCAGAUUUGGCGAGGACGACAAGGUGGUUGAGGAGGGACCGCUAAGGAUUCAGACGGUCGACGAUGUCUCCAAGGAGCCUGCGGCAUUGGUUGACGGUUUUGAGUGGGUGACAAUGGAUCUGAACAAUGAUGAAGAGAUCAAGGAGAUCUAUGAGCUGCUCAACGGACACUACGUCGAGGAUGAUGAAGCCAUGUUCCGAUUCAACUACGGACCUGGCAUUCUGAAAUGGGCCAUGAUGCCUCCUGGCUGGGCCAAGCACUACCACGUUGGUGUCCGCGCCACUCAGUCCCGCAAGCUCGUCGCCUUCAUCUCCGCCAUCCCCGUGCGCGUACGAGUCCGCAACAAGACCAUCACGGCCUCCGAGGUCAACUUCCUCUGCGUCCACAAGAAGCUUCGCGGCAAGCGCCUCGCCCCCGUCCUCAUCAAGGAGAUCACCCGCAUCAGCAACAUGCAUGAGAUUUGGCAGGGCUUGUACACGGCCGGCAUCGUCCUCCCCAAGCCCGUCAGCACAUGCCGCUACUACCACCGCUCGCUCAACUGGCAGAAGCUGUACGAGUGCAGCUUUGUGCACCUGCCGCAUGGAAGCAAGCCCCAGUAUCAGAUCCGCAAGUAUGCGGUCCCGGAUCACACCAGCACCAAGGGCCUGCGUGAGAUGAAGACGACGGAUAUCGAUGCCGUUCUCAAGCUGAUGGACAAGUACAUGUCCCGAUUCGACAUUGCCCCUGAGAUGUCCAAGGAGGAGGCAACUCACUGGUUCACCCCCACCCCUCAGCCUGGUCAGGAUCAGUACAUUUGGUCUUAUGUCGUCGAGGAUGACAACAAGAACAUUACCGACUUCUUCUCCUUCUACUGCAUCGAGUCAUCCGCCAUCAACAACCCCAAGCACGACAUCAUCCGCGUCGCCUACCUCUUCUACUACGCCACCGACGUGGCCUUCAAGGAGCCCUUUGACAAGUCCGCCCUCAAGGCCCGCCUCAACGACCUCGUCCACGACGCCCUCAUCCUCGCCAAGCUCGCCAAGUUUGACGUCUUCAACGCCCUGUCUCUCAUGGACAACGGCCUCUUCCUGGAGCAGCAAAAGUUUGGCGCCGGUGACGGCCAACUGCACUACUACCUCUUCAACUACAGGGCCAACCCCAUAGCUGGAGGCGUGGACAAGAGAAACCAGCUGGAUGAUAAUAAUCUGAGUGGUGUCGGACUGGUUCUGCCUUAG